AUGUACCGACCUAUCUUCGGCUCCAAAAAGAAUAGGAACCAAGGACUUAGAGUCGACACUACUGUUGUUCACUCAACGCCUACGGAUGCCAUUACACCUCCAUCCUCCGGUACUGUGUCCAAUUCUGCGAUGUUGAUUGCAGAUUAUCAUAUAACGAGAGGCACUGCCAGUACAGUCACGCCGCCUGAAUCACCGGUAUCGCCGCUGGGAGACGUGAAUCCUAUCGAAGGAUAUCGGCGAAACCCUCAGCCAGAUAUGAGAGUGAUAGUGGAAGGUGCAGACAUUCCAAGCCCGGGUUCAGCAGAGUUUACGGAGCACGUGAGUGAGGUUGUUGAAGAGGAAGAGAUUGUUACGGCCAAGAAUUGUGCGGAUAAUUCUGCAGAACACGCUCGUCCAGAUAGAACUGAAAGGAGGAUGAGCUUUUGGAGGUUCAAAGUGAAAGGAAUCCAAAGGGAGACGGACGAAGUGACGCCUCCAGUAAGUGGUGGAGCGAUUGAUAGCUCCAAGUCUCGUGCGUCUGAUGAAUCAAUUGGUGUUAAAGUUGGAUCUGGUGGUGGAUUUCCAUGGUUUAGACGGAUAGGGAGUGGAAAGGGGCAAGAGAAAGAGAAGGCAAAGGCAAAACAAAAGGAAGAGAGCGAAGAAAUUGAUGAGACGUCAUCAACUACGCCUGUCUUCAAUUCGCCUUCCUGGAAUUCAAAUUCGGCGAGCAAUGGAAAGUGGAAGGGCAAAGAAAAUGAGAAUGAGGGAGAGAAGAGGAGAAAUAAGAGCGAGGGCGAGGUUGCACUAUUCAACAAGGUAAGGGAAGGAGAGGAGGAAGACAAAAAGGGAAAAGGCAGAAGGUGGACACUGCCUCGGAUCGGAAGAAAGAAUGUUAUAGAUGCGCAGGAAAAGGAGAGUCCAUCGGAACGGUUGGAGAGAGAACAGUUGGAGAGAGAAAGGGAAGAACGGAAUAUCGCUAACAGGGCAAGAUAUCCCGAUGGCGUUCUUGAUUGUUGUAAAGACGAAUUCAAUGACCAAGGACAAUGCGCUGAAGGCCAAAUGAAUGGGUUUAUGUUAACUGCUAAGAAUCUCAAGGCCGAAGCCAAGGCCAGGAGACAAAGUGUCACUGCUCGAAUAAGACCCUAG